UAUGUCCCAUCCACAGACUACAACUAUGAAUGAAGAACUUUGAAACAUCCAUCCGUUCUCCAAACUGCUUGUCCUGUAGGGUUGCUGGAGUCCAUUACUAGCAUCUCGGGCUGAAGGCAGGGAAAAACUGUAUGGAUGGCCAAUCCAUCACAGGGCUGAUUUGGAGCAUUUAAACCUCAUUUACACAAAAGCACAUGUGAUGUACAUCUUUGGCAUAUUUUCAUGGCUAUAUAGCUACUGUUCAAGAGUUCUUUCGACUUGUCAAAGAUCAACAGAGCAGCAGCCAAUUUACCAAAGGUUGAAUUUACACAACAGGUUUUUGCAGGUCAUUUACAAGAAAUCUGAAUUUGGCUGCUAUUAACUCUUCAAAUCGAAUUGUUCAGAGUCUAUUUGUUAAAGGAAUUCAACAGAUUUAAUUUAUAUUUGAUUUAUAAAAUAUAGGAAAAUAAAAACCAGUUAUUUGUGUAGCACAUUGGAGAUUCGUAAAGAUCUCAUAAGGAUGUGAAAAGUUAACGGCAGUCAAACAUAAAUAUUACUUGCUAUACGGUUAGAUUGUAGAUUGGUGAACUGAAGUGUCAAUUUAUUUAUAAAAUGAAUGCAAACAAAUAGAGAGAGAGAGAGAGAGAGAAGCAGUUUGAACUUUGAGGGGUGGUGGGGGCGGGUAUAAAUCUGAGCUGCUGCAGGUUCACAGACAUUCACACAGGAAAGGACACAGACAAGAUGGACGUCAAGCUUCUGUGGCUGCCUGUUGUUCUUCUCUCCUCACCCCUCCUCACUCUUUGUGACCCGCUGUUUGUUCUGUCAGCUCCUAAUUUGCUGAGAGUGGGUUCCUCAGAGAAUGUGUUUGUGGAGGCUCAGGAUUACUCUGGAGGAAACCUGAACGUGAGGAUCUCAGUAAAGAACUUCCCAAAGAAACAGGAGAUACUCUUCAAAACAGUAAUACUGACUGCAGACAACUAUUAUCAGAUCCUUACAGAUAUAAAGAUUCCUGAUGAUCAGAACUUCUUCUCUAAUGAUCCUCUGGAGAAGCAGUAUGUGUAUCUACAAGCUCAAUUUCCAUCACACACUCUGGAGAAAGUGGUAAUGGUCUCAUUCCAGUCUGGAUAUAUAUUUGUACAGACAGACAAGCCCAUCUACACGCCUGCUAGCACAGUUUUUUACAGGAUUUUCUCUCUGACGCCCAACAUGAAACCACACAGUCACUCUGCAAUCACGGUGGAAAUCAUGAAUCCAAAGGGUAUCACAGUUUCAGCAGAAAAGAUAUAUCCAGUGAAAGGCAUGCAGUCUGGAAGAUACAGCAUCUCUGAGGUUUCCAGUCUUGGUGUCUGGAAGGUGGUCACUCGGUACACAAACACUCCCCAGAAGACAUUUACUGCUGACUUUGAGGUCAAAGAAUAUGUGCCUCCAACAUUUGAAGUGAUUUUAAAACUUUCUAAGUCAUUCUACUUUGUGGAUGAUCAGAGCCUGACAGUCGACAUUGAAGCCAAGUACCUGUUUGGAGAGAAGGUGGAAGGAAGAGCGUUUGUGGUGUUUGGUGUGAUGGACGGUGAAAAGAAAACAAGUAUUCCUACUUCUCUACAAAAUGUUCAGAUAAUGAAAGGAGAAGGUACUGCAGAACUGACCAGGGAGAUGAUCACUAAGACCUUUAGAAACAUUAACCAGCUGGUUGGACAAUCAAUCUAUGUUUCAGUCAGUCUUUUAACGGAAAGCGGCAGUGAAAUGGUGGAAGCAGAAAGGAGAGGCAUUCCGAUUGUGACAUCACCGUACAACAUCCAUUUUAAAAAAACACCACAAUUCUUCAAACCUGGAAUGCCGUUCAGUGUUUCGGUCUAUGUUACAAAUCCUGACCAGACCCCUGCUGAAAAUGUGGAAGUGGAGGUCAAUCCUGGAGCGGUCAGUGGUCAAACAAGAGCCAAUGGCAUUGCAAAAGUAAUCGUCAACACUGUAGGAGGAUCUUCCAGGCUGGAGAUCACUGCUAAAACCAAAGAUCCGCAAUUAAGUGAUGGACAGCAGGCAGUGAAGAGGAUGACAGCUCUGGCCUACGUUCCCAAAGGCGACUCCAAGAAUUACUUGCACAUCAGCAUUGAUGCAGCAGAGCUUGAGAUCGGUGAUCAAAUGCUAGUCAGUCUGAACACUGGACAAAGUCCAGGAGUUAAAGAUCAAGAUUAUACAUACAUGAUCUUGAGUAAAGGUCAGAUUGUUCAUGCAAACAGGUUUAAGGGGAGAGGACAACCUCUAGUGACUCUGUCUCUACCUGUAACCAAAGACAUGGUGCCGUCCUUCCGCUUUGUGGCUUAUUAUCAUGUAGGCUCAUCUGAGGUGGUGUCGGAUUCAGUCUGGGUCGACGUGAAGGACACGUGCAUGGGAACACUCAAGCUUCAGGUGAAGGAGAAGAUGAAUACCUAUGGCACAGGAGAUGAGGUCAUACUGCAGAUAACUGGAGAUCCUGGAGCUAGAGUUGGGCUGGUGGUGGUGAACAAGGCCACACAUGUCCUUAACAAGAACAGACUCACUCAGACGAAGAUCUGGGACGUCAUAGAGAAGCAUGACACCGGCUGUACGGCAGGAGGUGGGAGGGACAGUAUGGAGGUUUUCAGUGAUGCAGGUCUGAUGUUUGAGUCACACAGUGCAGGAGGAACCAACACCAGAACAAUGCCGGAGUGUCCCGUCCUUGCAAAAAGAAGACGGAGAAGUGAUGAUGAAGAUGACUAUUACACAGACUCUGAUGAGAUUGUGUCACGUACACAGUUCCCUGAAAGUUGGUUAUGGGAAGAGAUUGAUUUAUGCGAGAAUUGUCCAGCACCAGUCGCAGAUAAAGUGAUCUACCUGAAAGACUCUAUUACUACAUGGCAGAUCUUGGCUGUCAGUCUGUCACCAACACUUGGCAUCUGUGUGGCAGAACCUGAGGAGAUCGUCAUUUCUAAACAGCUUUUCAUCGACCUCAAGAUGCCUUCUUCAGCUGUGCGCAGUGAACAACUGGAAAUCAAGGCCAUUAUUCACAACUACACACCAAAGAAGCAGAAGUUGCGUGUGGAGUUUAUGGAGACAGAAGAUGUUUGCAGCCUUGCCAGUAAGAAAGGCAAAUACAGAGUAAUAGUAAAUGUUGACAAAGACUCCAGCAUAGCGGUUUCAUAUGUGAUUAUUCCCAUGACGCUGGGAGAUCACAUGAUUGAGGUGAAAGCUUCAGCAUAUGAUUCUGUCCACACUGAUGGAGUGAGAAAGACCCUGAAGGUGGUGCCGGAGGGUGUGCUGAUUCCAAUGCAUAGACAAAACGUGGAGCUCAAUCCUGUUAAGAAUGGGGAGAAGCCUAUAGUUGUUAAAGCUGAAUUACCAGCUGAUCGGAUUCCAGACGCACCUGCUAUCACCUACAUCACAAUUACUGGUGAAGAGAUCUCUCAGAAUGUCGAGCGGGCCAUCAGUGGAGACUUCAUGGGGCGGUUUAUUGUCCAGCCCAGUGGUAAUGGAGAGGAGAACAUGAUCUACAUGACUCUACCUGUCAUUGCAACUCAUUAUCUGGACAGCACCAAUCAGUGGGAGGCUGCCGGAAUGGACCGCCGUAAAGAAGCCAUUAACCAUAUCAGUACAGGUUAUCAGCAGCAGCUGAGCUUCCGUAAAUCAGAUGGAUCCUACGCUUCCGGGGUAAACAGGCCGAGCAGCACAUGGCUGACUGCAUAUGUAGCUAAAGUCUUCACCAUGGCCAAUAACUUUGUUGCUAUAGAGCGUAAUGUGAUCUGCAGCGCCAUCAAGUGGCUGGUUCUCAACAAACAACUGCAAGACGGCUCAUUUAAAGAGGAUUCUGCUGUAACUCAUGGAGAGAUGGUGGGUGACGUACGAGGCAAAAAUGCUGAUGCGUCUAUGACGGCCUUUGUUGUGAUUGCCUUGCAGGAGGGCAGAGAGAUCUGUGCUGGAUCAGUUGGUAGUCUGGAUGAAAGUAUCAGGAAGGCUGUUGCUUUCUUGGAAGGUCGACUUCCACAAUUGACCAAUCCUUACGCUGUUGCGUUGACGUCCUAUGCCAUGGCCAAUGCUGACAAACUCAAUAAAGAUAUCUUGAUGAAACAUUCCAGCCAAGGAGAAGCCGGCAGGUCCUGGACUGUCACUGGACAGCGUUAUCACACACUAGAGGCGACGGCCUAUGCUGUGCUGGCGCUUGUGAAGGCCAAAGACUUUGAUAAAGCAGGAGAGGCAGUGCACUGGUUGGCUGGGCAACAGUCUUAUUAUGAUGGUUCUGGCACCACACAGGCGACCAUCAUGGUGUUCCAGGCCGUGGCAGAGUAUCGCCCACAGGUGAAGGACAAACAAAAUUUCAUUCUGGAAGUGGAGCUGUCAGUGGCAGGAAUAAGACGACCUUUCAGAUAUACUAUUACAAGAGAAAAUAUGCAUAUUGCACGGUCUGAGAAGGUAGAGAUCAACAAAGACUUCACUGUGACUGCUAAAGGAACUGGAACAGCCAUUCUCUCAGUUCUGACGCUGUAUUACGCCAGACCUGUUGAGAAGAAGUCUGACUGUACAUUCUUUGAUCUGACUGUUAAAAUGGAGCAAGACUCAGAAGUAAAGCAAGAAGGAGCCAUUGAAUCAUACAAGUUCACUAUGGACUUCAUCUACAAAAGCAAUAAAACCGAUGCCACCAUGACUAUUCUGGACAUUGGCAUACCAACAGGAUUUAAUGUGGAAAACAAAGAUCUUGAAAAGUUGUCCACAGGGAAGGAGAGAUUCAUUCAGAAGUUUGAGAUGGACAAAAGGCUGUCAGAGCGAGGAUCCCUCAUCCUCUACUUAGAUAAGUUUUUGCAUAUAGAACCACAAAAAAUUUCCUUCAUAAUGCACAAGAUGUUUGACGUGGGUCUGCUUCAACCUGCUGCAGUCACAAUAUAUGAAUAUUACUCACCCGAUGCUCGCUGUACAAAGUUCUACCACCCUGAAAGGGCAGAUGGCGCUCUUAAAAGACUGUGCCAGGGAGAUUUGUGCUAUUGUGCAGAAGAAAAUUGCAGCUACCAGAAGAAUUGGGUCAGAUGGCGGGAUCGUUUGGAUGAAGACUGUGAAUCUGACAUGGAUUAUGUUUAUAAAGUCACAGUAUUGGAUGUGGAUCUGUUACUGGACUCUGCCAUCUACGACAUGAAGGUGCAGCAGGUUCUGAAAGAAAGCACUGAUGAUAAGAAAGUUGAGGGGAAAGUGAGACCAUUUUUUGCUCCUAUCAGUUGGAGAGACCAUUUAGAACUGAAACAAGGCGAGUCGUACCUCAUCAAGGGCAAAUCCACUGACCUGUCACGACAAGGAGGAAGUCUGAAGUACAUCUUGAGAGAACAGACCUGUAUUAAAUACUGUUCCACAAGAGAGGAAAGCCAAAUUCCAGAAUACAGGAAGCAGUACAUCAGCAUCUCUGCGCUCCUGAAUAGGCCCUUUAAAAAAAUAUCUCAACCCUCUACAUCACAAGUCAGUGAGGAGGAGCGUUUGGAUAGAGCUUGUGAAUAUGUCAUGGAUUAUGUUUAUAAAGUCACAGUGAUGCGGAUGGAUCUGGCUCAGGACUCUGAUAUCUAUCACUUAAAGGUGGACAAGGUGCUGAAAGAAGGCACUGACGCUGACGCUGAGGAGAAAGUGAGACCCUUUUUGGCUCAUCCCAGGUGCAGAGAACAUAUGGGAUUGAAACAAGGCAAAUCAUACCUUAUCAUGGGCACUGUGCUGCAAAACCUGCCACAUGUGCAGUACAUGUUUGGAGAGUGGACCUGGAUUGAAUACUGGCCCACAAGAGAAGAAGGACAAACUCGAAAAUACAGGGAGCAAUACAUCAGCAUCACUGCACUCCAGGAUAUCCUCCUCAGAGAAGGAUGUUCUAUAUAGUAUAUUCUUGAUUACAGAAAAUGUUACCAGGGCCGGCCCAGGCUCUGUUGGUGCCCUAGGCGAGAUUUUAUAUUUCAGCCCCCCCACCAUUUUUUCAACAUUUUACUAUAACAUGACAUAACAUACUGACAAGUAUUAACAUAAAUAAUUUUUUCAACAGUUUGAACAAUAAGAAAAUUAAAUUUAUUGCAUAAAUACAUUGCAUAUUUUGAAUGUAUGCAUAAAAACAGCUGAAUUGAAACACUGCAAAUUCAUAGGUGGGUGUGGAAAAGCUAAGGUAUGGCUAAAAACUAAAUGUGAGUAUGGUAAGCUGGAUUGGAAACAUGACUACUGCUACAUUGUUGAGAAUGUAUAUUAUGCUCAUUUAAUUUAAUUUUCUUAUUGUUCAAACUGUUGAAAAAAUGUUUUAUAAAAUAAAUUGACAUUGCUCCCCAAAAAUAUUCUAAACAAUUCAAGUUUGUACUGUCAGGUUACUUUUGAAACAUUUGAUGAACCUGAAAUUCUCAAUUUGAAAUGAAAAUGUAAUUUAAUAUUUUUUUUGCAAAGAUAAAGGACAAAAUAUGUUUGCAGUUACUUAUGAACAAGGUCAUGGUCAGGUAUAUUUAAUAAAAACAAGACUAGCACAAAAAAAUCUAGCUUGUAUUGUAGUGUUACUUUUGACCCACCUGUGUGUUACUUUCGUCCCACCUGACUGGGUCGAAAGUAACAAUGUGCAACUUAUGUUCAAAGUGAAAUUAUACUGAAGCCGUUCUACAUUUGCACAAAAUACCACCUGGUAUUGAUAGACCACACUUGUGAGUUAUUGACCACAGCAAAAAUAUAUCGCUGCCUAAAACAUUACCUUUUAAAAUGACAUUUUUGUGAAAAAUGUUACUUUCGUCCCUGCUCUCCCCUAUCCAAGGCUUUAGGUCUGGCAAGGUGAACUGAAAGAUGGGAAACAAAUAUGGCUGUAGGACUUCAUUUGCAGAUGAAUUAGAAGGAAAUGUUUUGUUUGGUGAUGCUCUCUUAUCUGGAUCAGACAACAUAAAGGAUCUGCUAUUGGCAAAUAAGUGUGUCAGAGGAUCUAGAAAUGGACGACUACAUAUGAAACCUUUUACAAGCGACUGAACGCAGAGUUCUUGUACAUGAGACACUGUAAAUACUGACUCUUUGCAUAUAUAAGGUUUUUGCCAAUAAAUCAAAUUUCAUUAUUGUUAUCA